UUUGAUUUGAUGUUCGUGGGGAUCCUCUCGCAUUCCAAGAAUGAAGAAGGCGCGCGUGUCGGCCGACGUGUUGGCCCGCCCUCAAGACGCUGCUGACCAACAAGAGCCAACAUGUCUGAUUCAAAGAAGAUGACGUCCAGUCGCCGGCAUCAUCUCAAGAGUUUGAUGCUUCAGAUCGCUGCCAAUUGGAUCGAGCAGGAGAAGAAAGACCUGGAGGUGGCCAAGGAGGUCUACAUGGCCGAGACCUGCCCCAACCCGGACCUCAGUGGCGACAUGGCCAGCCUAGUGGAAAUCUGCAAGAAGCUUCAAUCAACCAUCGACAAGAUUGACGACGCUCGCUACGAUGUGGAAGCCAAAGUGCUGAAGUUCGACAUUGAGAUCCAGGACCUGAGACUGAAGGUGGUGGAGCUGGCGGGCGUCAAGAAGCCGGCGCUGAAGAAGGUGCGCAUGUCGGCCGACGCCAUGUUGCAGGCCCUCCUCGGGGGCAAGCACAAGACCACCAUCGACCUCAGGUCCAACCUCAAGCAGGUCAAGAAGGAGGUCAAGGAGGAGCCCACAGAGGCGGUCGGCGACUGGCGCAAGAACAUCGAGGACAAGGCCGACAGGAAGAAGAUGUUUGAGACCUCCUAAAGCUCCAAAUAAUACAUAGUGAUCACUUUUAUUCCCAUGCCUUGGUCAACCCCCCCCCCCACCCCCACCACCACAUUGGACACGCACAACAUAAAGAUAAAAACGUAACCGCUCGUUUGAAAAGGACUCAUUUUAUUCCUCCGGCUCGCAAAAUUAUAACGUGCUUAUUGGUUUCCAAUUUUCAAAAUAGAUUGUGGGAAAAUAGCUCUGCAAGUACAAUUUCAAUGUGAACUAAAACAUUCAAAAUAAUCAGCAAAUCAAUGAAAAUAAGACGAUCAGUUGUAAAAAUUAUGACACGAAAAAAUAAGUGUAAAUAGUAAUCAUUGAAAUUGAAAAUAAAAUGUACUCAAUAAAACGUCCACUCGGAUUUCUUUUUUUUUUUUUUUUAAAUUAAAGUAUUUGGAGACCGCAUGUUUGGGACCCCAACCUAAAGAGUCCAGCCUUUGCUCAAGAAUGACUUCCCAUCACCAUCACCACCACACUGGUACAUCAUUGAGCUCAAAUGGCAUGUUAAAAAUACCCCCAAAGACCAAGUGGUGCCCCCCUGGAAGCAGCCUCUGAAACCAUAACAAGCAAAAAAAAA